AUGUCCAGCGAAGAUAACAAACCUAUUGUUGAAAAGAAGGAGGAAACUGCUCCAAAGCCACCUUCCGCCGCCGUCUUCUCCAUGUUUGGUGGUAAGAAGGCCGAAAAGCCAGAGGCUAAGAAGGACGAAGCCGACACCAAGGACGAAGUCAAGAAGGAAGGCGAGGAUGCCCCAGAAUCUCCAGAUGUCCAUUUCGAACCAGUUGUUCACUUGGAAAAGGUCGAUGUUAAGACCAUGGAAGAAGAUGAAGAAGUUCUUUACAAAGUCAGAGCCAAACUUUUCAGAUUCGAUGCUGACGCCAAGGAAUGGAAAGAAAGAGGUACUGGUGACUGUAAGUUCUUGAAGAACAAGAAGACCAACAAGGUCAGAAUAUUGAUGAGAAGGGACAAGACUUUGAAGAUUUGUGCCAACCACAUCAUUGCCCCAGAAUACACUUUGAAACCUAACGUUGGUUCCGACAGAUCCUGGGUAUAUGCUUGCACAGCCGAUAUUGCAGAAGGUGACGCUGAAGCUUUCACUUUUGCCAUCAGAUUUGGCAGUAAAGAAAACGCUGACAAAUUCAAAGAAGAGUUUGAAAAAGCCCAAGAAAUCAACAAAAAGGAUUAG